AUGCUUAAGAUUCUUGCUCCUGAAAAGGCAACUUGGGAAUGUGAGUCUUCACACCAGCACAUAUCCGCAGUCUUCCCCCCCAUUGGAUACCCCCGUGGGGGAGCGGAAAAAGAGGGAGGGGAAGAGAAGAAGAAAAUCGGUAGAACACGGAAAGUCAACGUUAGCAUGAUUGAAGGGCGAAUCCCAAAAGACCUUGGAAACCAUGCCACUGAGAUACCCGGCGCUCGACGGAUCCUCACCUCGUUAGAAGAGGCCGGAGCGCCGUGGGCGGUCGUGACGUCUGGCAGCAAUGCGUUGAUUACCGGCUGGCUCGGCGUCCUGCAGCUCGCACACCCAAAGUACCUCGUUGUUGCAGAGGAUGUGCAGGUUGGCAAACCAGAUCCUUCCUGUUACCUGCUAGGUCGUUCUCGGCUUGGCUUGGAACAUAGUGAUUCGAUGCUCGUGAUUGAAGAUGCUCCAUCCGGUGUCCGCGCUGGAAAGGCCGCUGGGUUUAAGGUUCUCGCGCUCGCCACAACACAUGUGGUCGAAGAGCUGAAGGAGGCUGGGGCGGAUUGGAUCAUCAAAGAUCUUGACAGUGCCUCACUCAAGAAGUUCGCCGAUGGCAAGGUUGAGAUAGAAGUCUGGGAUACACUUCAAUAG